UGUUCUUCAUGCAAAGCAGCUGACAGACGACCCUCAAAGAGACUAAAAUGUGGAAAAAACAGUCUAGUAAAUUCAGAACUAGAAGGACUUGCAUCUGGAAGUGGAAACCUUGCUGCACUGGGGGAAACACCUAAGACAUCUGAUGGGGAUCAACGCUCAGGAGAUCCAGGAGACUGCAAUAUAAUUCGACAGAAAAAAGGUGAAAGCAUUCCAGAGACUAAAGAGAAACAGGAAAAGGAACAUAAUGUUUCUGUCAAGCCACGUGCAGUGAAAUCAAACAGUGCUCCAUCAAAAACGGACAGUGGUGAAAAUCUGCAUCAUCAUGUCUGCAGCGUAGAGGAGAGCAGCUGUGAGAGUGUACUUUCCAAUGGGUCUAGCUUGGAGGAUGCAGAUCUCCCAAAGAAGCCAGUACAACUAGACACUAGUGCUUUCUUGGAUGAAGACAGCAACCAGCCAAUGCCAGUGUACCGGUUCUUUGGAGAUGUUGAGUUUUUACAGGAUCUCCCAGCAGUUGCACUCCCAAGCACAACGAUGAGCAGGCGAGAAUUCAGAAAGCUACAUUUCAUUGCAAAGGAAGAUGAGGAGGAGGAAGAGGAUGUUGUCUAA